AUGUCUGAACAAGCAUCAAUCCAAGAAUCAGUAAAAGAUGGAAGAGCACUAAGGAUUGGCUAUCGCCUUAAUCAGUUGAGUAAAUUACAAGAAUUGAUUUUAGAAAAUAAAUCCAAUAUCAUAGAUGCCAUUUUCUCUGAUAUUUCUGGUACUCCAGAUAUCGGAAUCCUUGAAAAUAUCAAUAUAUACACUACAUUAAAGGUAUUAAAAUCAGAGUAUGAUAACCUUAUGAAGAUUUACAAAACAACAGUACUUCCGAAUAAAACAUGCUUCGAUACAUGGCAUGAGCAGACUGCGCUAAUUAUAGGAAAUUCAUGGGAGCCUUUAGCAUCUACAUGCAUACCACUAAUUUAUGCUAUUUCUGCUGGAACUCCUGCCGUAAUUAAAAUACCAGAGAGCAAAAAUGUGGAGAAGGAAAUUAUGAAAUUAUUACCCAGAUAUCUUGAUUCAGAAUACUACAUUUAUUCUCCAAAGGACGGGGGAGUUCUUCUAGAUCAAGGUUUUCAUAAAACCAUUACAAACCGAUUUCCCUCUGACAAACAGGGAGUAACAAACAGAGCAGAUGGUGUUAAUGUAGUGGCAUUAUUAGAUGUAAAGACAUCGAUAGAAAACGUGUUGCCUGGAAUUAUCAGUUGGAAGGAAAGUGGAAGUGGUCUCACACUUUGUGCCCCAGAUAUUAUUUUGGUACAUGAGUUGUAUUUAGAAAAGCUUGUACAAUACUUUGAAAGUAAUUCUCUGUUGAAAAUAAAAGUAAUCAAUUUACUUGAUGAAUUUCCAACAAGCAAUUUACCUGGUGUUCUUCAUAUAAGUGCCUGUACGACCGAGACAGCUAUCCUUUCCUUGCAAACAAAUAAAAUCAAUCUUUUUUCUUAUUUUGGAACAGAAGCAUUUGGUAACUAUAUUUUAAAAUUUGUUCCUUCAAUUGUUUGUGCUACUAUAAACAAAAUUUCACUUACAUUCUAUUAUGACUUAGACAGAGAAUGCUUUCAAUAUAGUAGAUAUGUUUGCAGAAAUUCACGAUUAAGACAAGAAAAUUUGAAAUUAAAGGCUACUAAUCCUAUCAAUUAUGAAGACAUUAUGGUCAAACCAUUUACUAUUAAGUAUCACAGAAACAUUGGUUUUUUUGAACAAGGAUUCAACCUCAGUUUAGGUAUCAUAUUUGGGACCCUUGUAACAACUGUCGGCUACGCGACGUUUUAUGCUAUCUUUAAAACAACUUGA